UUAGGGGCAACCCCCUGAUUUAGGUAUCACUCGUGAGGUUGCCUCCGAAGUGGUAGCUGCUAGGUUUAGACCUGGUGCGUUACUAGUGAUUUUAAUAGGACGAUCAGUCUCAUUUGAAAGUUUUUUGGAUUUAGCUGCCCACCCAGAGCCUGGCAUACGGUUGCUUUUCCCUUCUACAUCAUAAAGCCGGCACCCUCAAAACACCUAGCCAAACCGGUCUCCAUGUGGCAACCUAAAAAGCCCGGGGUGGGCAUGAAACCCGAAGCUUCAGAACAACGUCGAAAGCGGAAACACCUCGACCAAAAUGGGACAGAGACAGAGUCUGAAGCUUUGGGACCAGAACCAUCAAGGAACUGCCAAGAUGGAACCCAAAUGGUGUUUCAGAAGCCUGGAAAGGCUCGGAAGAAGACCCGUCAGGAGCAUCAAGACCAAAAACUUAAUAAAGAACAGCCUGGCAAGGGUCAGGGACAGAAAACCCAGGAAGAGGGUUCAGGAAAUAUCAAACCCCUAGAGGGUCUGCCAGAUCAGGCUGUAGUUGAGAAGUCGGCUGAGGGUGGCAAGUGUCGCAAGCGGCCAUAUUCUGUCCUACAGGAAAAACCUCAAAGCCCCCAAAACGAAAAGCAUGCUAGGUCACUCGAACAUCUUCAAGGUGGCCAUCCUGUGAGGUCUGACCCACACAGGCCUCACCCAACCUUUUCUGACACCUCCAACAACAAAGGUGGAAUGCCAGGGCAUCCUCAUGGACGAGAAACAGCUCAGGGAGAUGGACAGUCAUCGACAGAGGUUCUCUCUACCAAGAGAGAGAAGAGGUGUGCUGAGGAGAAAUGUGUACGGGGGAACAGCUUGGAGCAUGGCUUGCCAGGAACAGCGAAUGCAAACAUCCUGGACAGUGGCGGCAGUAGGUUCCCCAACAAGGUGGCAGUAGUUGCAGGAGAGGAAAAGGCUCUCCCAGAGCAAGAAAACAACCAAGAAAAAGAAUUUACAAAAGAAAUGGAAAAGGAAGUUGAGAAAGCAUUGGGUCCAGGAGCCCAGGAAGAAAUCCUCAGUACAGGAUUCAAGCUCAAAAUCACCCGAGGAGAUAUGCAGACCCUCAAGAACGGUCAGUGGCUCAAUGAUGAGGUCAUCAAUUUCUACAUGAAUCUUCUGGUUCAGAGAAAUGAAAACCAAGGCUACCCUGCUCUUCAUGCCUUUAGCACUUUCUUUUACCCCAAGCUAAAACAAGGCGGUUACAAUUCUGUGAAAAGAUGGACCCGAGGAAUCAAUCUCUUUGAAAAAGAACUUAUCUUGGUGCCUAUUCACCAGAGGGUCCAUUGGAGCCUGGUGGUAAUCGAUUUAAGAAAGCGAAGCAUUGUCUACCUCGAUUCAAUGGGUCAGACAGGGAAAAAUAUCUGUGAGACCAUCUUCCACUAUUUACAAAAUGAGAGCAAGACCCGAAGGAACAUGGAGCUGGACCCUGUGGAGUGGAAGCAGUACAGCUUAACUUCACAGGAGAUCCCUCAACAACUGAAUGGGAGCGACUGUGGGAUGUUCACCUGCAAAUAUGCAGAUUACAUCUCUAGAGACCAACCUGUGACCUUUUCUCAGCAACACAUGCCCCUCUUCAGGAAGAGGAUGGUGUGGGAAAUCCUGCACAGUCACUUACUGUAACAGCAUCCACCUGGUUGCUAUGGCUCCCGCCCUGUCUGUUUCCAUCCAUGUUUCUAAUAUACCUCAAGUGGGAUGAGUUGAAGAGACUUUAAACAGAUACUGAGCUGUCUGACCGGAUGGAGCCCACUCUCUUCAAUAUUGUCCUAACGUGAGGUGUGGGUCUGCCGCCCUAAUGCCAUCUCUAGAACGUAUAUAACUACCGCCAGCUUAGAAACUGCCACUGUCCAACUCAUGCAAGACUACCUGCUCAAGAAAUACUAUUUUAAUGCUGAAUUUAGUCAAUGAAUUGGGGUUUUUGGGGUUUUUUGUUUGUUUGUUUCUUUGUGUAUUUUAUUUUUCUUUGUUUUUUGUUUUGUUUUCGUUUGCGUUUUUGUUUUCUUUGUUUUGUUUUUGUGUGUUUUUGGGUUUAGUUUGUUUUUUGUUGUUUUGUUUUUUCUGUUUUUGGUUUUAUUUUUCUUCUUUGUUUUUGUGGGGUUUUUGUUUUGUAUUCUAUUUUGUUUUUGGUCUGUUUUUGGUUUUUUUGUGUUUGUGUGUUUUCGGUUUUAUUUUUUGUUGCAUUGUUUCUGUUCAGUUUUUGUGUGGCUUGUUUUUUCUUUCUUGUUGGUUAGAUUUUGUGUGUUUUUGUUCUUUUUUAUUUUUGUGUAUUUUUGUUUUUGUUUUUGUGUUUGUGUUUUUGGUUUUUUUAUCUUUUUAUUUUUUGUUUUUGUUUGUAUUUGUGUUUUUGGUUUUUGUUUUAGUUGUUUAGUUUUCCUGGGGUUUUUGUUGUUGUUGUUGUUCUUGUUGUUUUUGUUUUUCUUGUCUUUUGUUUUUGGAUGGUUUUCUUUUUUGUUUGUGUUUGUGUUUGUGUUUCUGGGUUUUUUUGUGUUUUGUUUUUUGUUUGUGUUUUGUGUUUUGUUGCUUUUCUGGUUUUUUUUCAGUUUUUGACUUUGUUUUUUGUUUCUGUUUGUGUAUUGUUUUGGUUUUGUUUUCUGUUGUUUUGUUCUUGGUUGUGUUUUUGGUUUUAUUAUAUUGUUUUGCUUUCUGUGUUUUUUAUUUUGUUGUUUGUUUUGUUUUUGUGUUUUUGUUUAGUUUUGUGUGGUUUGUUUUUUGUUUAUUGUUGGUUAGUUUUUGUGUGUUUUUCUUUUUAUAUGUCUUUCGGUAUUGUUUUGUUUUUGUGUUUGUGCUUUUGGUUUUGUUCUUUAUUAUUGUUUUUGUUUUUGUUCAUAUUUGUGUUUUUGUUUUGUUUGUUGUUGUUUUGGUUGUUUAUGGUUUUGUUUUUUUUUACUAUUUGUUUUCGUUUUUGUUUUGUUUUUUAUUUUUGUUUUGGGUUUUGUUUUUGUUUUUUGUUUUUCUGUAUUUUUGCUUGUGUUUUGGGUUUGUAUUUUGUUUUUCUGUAUUUUUUGCUUUGUUUUUUGUUUUGUUUUGUUUGCUUGGGUUUUGCAUUAUAUCUUUUUGUUUAUUGUUUGGUUCCUUUUUUUCAUUUUGUUCGGUUUUGUUUUUUCAUUUUGUUGGCUUUUUUUUCCCUUUUGGUUGUUUUUUGUUCCAUUUUUUUCUUCUUUACCCUACCCCAUUGAUUAUAUUCCUUAACUCCCUUGCAAACCUUGGCCAUUUCAUUUUCCAAUCCUCUUUUCCUUGUUUGAACUAUUUCUGAAAGGAAUUCUCACACUGUGUUAUCCCCUGCUGAUGAUCAGGAGGGACAUCAGCAGGAAGAAGCUGGAGCUGUUCACUAGCAUCUCUAAUGCUGGAGUUGGAUGCUGUUAAAUUGAAGCUGGGAGUAGUGGUAGAGUUUUUUUUUAAUAUUUUGGGCUUUUUUAAGCUUGAAAAUAGUAUAGGAAAUGAAAAUGGGUUGCCAGGACCCCUGAUAUUCUGAACCACCAUACUCUACUGACUGACUUGUACAGGGUGGAGAACUGUGGCCCAACUACUGCCUGCUCAUCCAGGACUAUGAAGAAAAGCAUAACGGUCCUUAAAGGACUCAUUCUUUCUCACACCUACAUUAGUUUUGGAAGUUGACUUCAAGAAAACAUUAUGGCAAAUGUCCAUUUUUUUAUCUCAGAUUUCAUUUAAUACAAAACCCAUCUAGGGUUGAAUUGAACUGUUCAUUUGAAAAGUUCUAUUUAUUUAAAAAAAAUUCUGUUAAAAAAUUUUGGCAUAUAUUACGAUGAACUUGAGAUUUUUUCAUUAGAUUAACAUUCCCACUGUGGAAGUUGGGGAUUUAGUACUUAGGCUUGAUACCACCAGUUAUACAAUAAUCUAUUUUACAUGUAGUAGUUUGCAUUACUUUUCUAUUCAUUAUCUUGUGGUUGUGUUUAUGCAAUUUUUAUUCAAUAAAUUUUAAAGUUAUUUAAGCAUUUCA